AUGGCUACACAGCACAUGGACUACAAACAGUGGCUGGCGAAGCUCAUCGCCUUCGAUACGACGAGCUGCAAUUCGAACCUCGACCUCAUCCACUACUGCAAAGCGUACCUGGAGGGGCUCGGCGUGAAGUGCACGCUGGUGCACAACGCGGAGAAGACGAAGGCGAACCUGUGGGCGACGCUGCCGGGCGAGGGCGGCGUGACGGACGGCGGCAUCAUCCUCUCCGGCCACACCGAUGUGGUGCCGGUGGACGGGCAGAAGUGGGACACCGACCCGUUCGUGAUGACAGAAAAGGACGGGAAGCUGUACGGCCGCGGCACGUCCGACAUGAAGGGCUUUGUCGCGGUGUGCAUGUCGCUGACGCCGGAGUUCCUUAAGAUGAAGCGGGCGAAGCCGAUCCACUUUGCGUGGUCGUACGACGAGGAGGUGGGCUGCCUCGGCGGCAAGGUGCUGACGGAGUUCCUGCGCGACAACAACAUCAAGGCGGACGGCUGCAUUGUUGGUGAGCCGACAGGCAUGAAGGUGUGGACUGGCCAUAAGGGCGGAUGUGCCGUCGUUGUUCGUGUGUACGGCAAAGCUGUGCACUCGUCGUACGCGCUGACGGACCAGGGCUGCAACGCCAUCGACUACGCCGCGAAGCUCGUCGUGAAGAUACGUGAAUUCGGAGAGGAGUUCCGCAAGAGCGGCACCCACGACAAGGACUACGUGGUGCCACACACGACGAUGUCGACAAACCUCAUCAAGGGCGGUAACGCUGUGAACACCGUGCCCGCGGAGUGCGAGCUCACCUUUGAGUUCCGCAACCUGCCGCAGGAUGCCGCGGCGACAAUUGAGGGGCGCGUGCGUUCGUACGUGGACGACGAGCUGCUCCCUGCCAUGAAGGCGGAGUGGCCCGGUGCCCGCAUUGAGUUCACGGUGGUGGGUCCAAUGCCUCCCUUCGAGGCCAGCGAAGAGGCGACCAUCACGAAGCUGGCGCGUGCGCUGACAAACGACCACGAGGUGCACAAGGCUGCUGGCUGCACGGAGUCGGGUUACUUCACUGGCAUUGCGGGUGUCCCCACUGUUGUGUGUGGGCCGCUUGGCGAUGCGAUCCACUGCGCCAACGAGUACGUUACUGUCUCGCAGAUGGAUAAGUGCCGCGAGUUCCUUCUGCAGGUGGCUGACAGCCUCAGGGCCCCUGCUGCCCACUUGUGA